CAGUACUGCCGUGUGGUCACCAGCGUACCCGUCGCCAGCUGGGACUUCGCUUGGAUAUCGAGUUUUAGCGGGUUGCCCUGCAGCGGGCGGUAUGUACGUGCAGUGGUGCACCGGGCUUGGGUUGCUGACAAUGAUGUGCGCAUAUUGACAUAUCAUCGCUUACCGUUGUUUUCUCCAACUUUUUAUUUUCCAGUUAAAAACGGUUACGUGCCGUUAUGUUAUACUUGUUAUAAAACAUCGGAAGUUAGUAUAAAACGGCGGUGUUCAUCGUUUUUCGCGAAUUUUUCAAUUUUGCUUCAAGCUGAGUGGCGCACCGCUACCGUCGAAUCUUUUUUCUCAGCAUUCCCUAGCCUUGUGGGAACCCAGAGUCUUCAGUUGCAUCCCCGCCAUCAUUUACCGUGCGCGAUACUAUUGAAACGCUGGAUGGUUGCUACUUGUUUUGCUUUUGCUUGCAUCUAAAUAGUUGCGAUUGCGCAUGCAAGCGCUGAUUUAUCGUCAGAGAUCGUAUCAAAAGUGUGACCUGGUCUACAUAUCAUAGUAAUAUUAUGUCCCGAAUCGUACGUAGAUUAGUAAGUCCUCAUGCUUCGAAUGCAGCAUCUGGAACUUGUCCUUUCAAGCAAUCUUCUUUUGGCGCCAAUCACAACAAACAUUCCACCAAUUACUCAGCUGUGUACGCGGAUUACAAUGGCGAUUCCCACGGCGAAAUUGUUUCGGCAGAUUCGCUGACAAGGUGCUCGAAUGAAAUACCGGGGCCCAAAGGUCUUCCUUUUGUGGGAACCCUAUUCGCGUAUAUAAAGAAGAACGGAUUCCGAUUUAACAAAUUGUUUGAGGCUCACGUUCACCGAUUUAACCAGUACGGCCCGUUUUUCCGUGAGAAGAUUGUCGGGCGAACAUUUAAUGUACUGCGCGAUUUACGCGAAUGGAGAACAAAAGUGAUUCAAGAAGAGCCCAAAUGCCCGCGGAGAGUAGUGCUGGAGCCAAUGGUUCGUUAUCGGAAAAUGCGGAAUCUGAGUCAAGGCCUGGUUAAUUCGCAAGGGGAGGAAUGGUUCAAAUUCAGAUCAACAUUUGACAAAAAGCUGCUUGCUCCUAAGGAGAUUGAGUGUCAUUUUGAACCAUUGUCGGCAGUCGCAGAUGACUUUAUUGCACACCUGCAACAUCUUGCCGACACGCAGACCAACACGGUGUAUAACAUCGAAAAAGAAGUAUUCAAGUGGUCACUAGAAUCGAUUUGUGCAGUAUUAUUCAGCAGCCGACUUGGUUGUUUUCAAAGUCCGCCUUCGGAAAAAUCCGAAUAUUUCAUCACAAACUGUCGGAAAUUUUUCACCAAUCUACAGCAACUCAUGUACGAACCACCGUACAAGAAAUGGAUGUCCAGUAAAACGUGGGAUGAUUUUGUGGAAUGCUCGGAUAAUCUGUUGCGCCAAGGGAUGGAGAUGGUAGAAUCAGUACCGAAGGAUUCGCUGGCCGGUUAUUUUUUGCUCAAUUCGCACUUGCGAAAGGACGAAGUUGCCUUAACCGUGAUUGAUCUAAUUAUUGGCGCAAUGGAAACAACGACCAAGACAACAAUAUGGAACUUGUACUGUUUGGCUAAAUGGCAAGCAGCGCAGGAACGCAUCCACAAAGAAAUUGUGGAUUCCGUUGGUGCUCGCCGGUUGAAAUUGGAUGAUCUUCGGGAUCUGCCGCUUGUUAAAGCGUCCUUGAAAGAAACAUUACGACUAUACCCGGCUCCUUUUGUGAUAAGUCGCAUACUGCAAAAUGAUACGAAUGUGCGCGGUUACCGAGUUCCUGCUGGUGAAGAGGUGGUCAUCAGUUUAUGGGCAGUGGGACAUGACGAAAGUGUGUUUCCCGAUCACUUGAAUUUCAUCCCCGAACGCUGGGUACAAAAGGAUUUGACUCCCUCGCAAAAAAUGUACUGCAGUCUGCCGUUCGGACAUGGACGACGCAUGUGUAUUGGUCGCCGUAUAGCGGAAAUGAAGAUUUACAUACUUUUGAGCAAGCUGAUCGGUAAAUGCAAACUGGAGUGUGCCAACGAGGAGCCGGUUCAACCCAUCAUCGAAAUGACCUUGGCUCAAGAUCGACCUGUUCACCUUCGUCUCCAGAAACGUAUUCCCGAAUUCAACGCGGCACUCCUAAGUCAUACUCGCCAAAGUAAUACAGAUUUUAGUCGCAAUAUUUGUCCGUUUGGCACUCAAACUGGAAGUAGUACGGCUGUUUGCAUAUAGGUCAAGCAGUACUGUAAGAAAUCGCUUAUUCCGUAAUGGCAAUAAUUUGUGUUCCUCGUGUACAACCGUCCAGUUUACCAUGCUUUGUUUGACGCAAUAAUAUAAUUACUUCCAACUGCUUACCAGGAAUCUCUGAACGAAAUCUUAUAUUACCUGCGUUGCGCUAGUUCCCUUUCCAUGCCAUUCAUAUUUUUACCGUUUCACACUUUUUGGCUAGUUAAUUAAUAAUUCGUUCAUGUUACGAAAACGUAGUGCAACUGCGUUGCGCUUUGUUGUUUCAUGUGUUGAAGAUUUCGCUUCAGUAUUGAAAUUGUUAUAAAAUAUAAAUACCUGAAUAACGAUUGCAGUAAAUGAACAAAAAAAUGAAUAAAUAAAUGCCUGAUUAA